CUUGUCAUCUUUUAUUAAUUAAAACUAAGCAAAACAUAAAAUGAACUUGUAUCAUGAUGUGCUUGUCAGUUUGUGUUGUUUUGUAUUAGUUAAUGCGUAUCGAAAUCAUCUCUUUACAAUAGCAAAGUUGGAAGAAGGUAGAACUAGAGAAUUUAAAUGCGCUGUAUAUGAAGGAGUUAAGACCGCAAAAGAAGAGCGUAAUGAAGUAAACAGAUUAAAAAGAACAUCUCCGUUGUCGUCGAAAACUGCAUCUGCAUCUACGACUGUUGUUGUAGAAAAUCCCUUUGAAGUAUAUCAAAAUUAUCUUCACAAAUUUCUUUAUGGAGAUAACAUUGAAAUGGAUGGUAGAGACGGUAACAACAGUUCGGACUUUGUUAAUUUAAAUUUUAUGAGUUAUUGAAAUCUUUAUAUUCUAGCAGAUUUAACUACGUCAGAAAAUAAACUAUUGAGUCAAGUAAAUCUAAAUAACACAGCCAGCUUCAGACAUUACGUUGUCGGUAAUUACAUGCGGUCAGAAUUAUUUAACAACCGAAGUGGGGUACAUCUUCCUCUGGUGGAGUUCAUGCAUCGGGGCUACUGCGAGCUCAAGAUAACCAGGGAUCACAUGCAAACCGCAAUCAAUGCUUUCGCCAUCUUUCUAUACGGCACAUUGGAUGAUGUAGAACGAUUGCCUGCUGAUUAUGUCUUGCGAUCUGCUCGCACUAUAUCUAUGAUGAAGAUAGCGCGAGAGAAACUGGCGGUAACCUGGGACGUUGUAAAGGCUGGCAGGCAGACUCGAGAUAUCUCACAUCUCACACUCGAAAUGUAUCGACCAUUGUUUAAAUACAUUAACGGGAGGGAAAUAGCCAGGCUAAACUUGAGCGAUGAUCGGAUUUUAACUUACAUCGGAACACAUGCUGAUUUAGAUAGACAUCAGGUUGGUGUGGUGGCUAGUAGAUAUAUAGAGAUCAACAAAAAUUGGGCAAAACCAAGAUACUUGAACAUCAUGAAUAAUUUGUUGUGUGGUGUCCCAAUGACGUUCAUGCGAAGACUGCCUAUUAACACCUAUUUACAAUUAUCUCAUCAGGUAUUUUAUCAUAUUCGAGCUUGCGACCCUUUGCAACGACGAUUUUAUCUCGCUAUGAUGACAAGGACUAAGGCACUUGGCAAGUCUUUCAGUUGGAAUGCUAGAGAUGUAUCUCGCUUGGGCUUACUAUUGACGGAAGUAGAGGGAACUGAUCUAAGUGCGAUUAAUCCUGAAGCUCUGAAAGGAAUCACUGCACAGGUUAUGCGGCACAUGUCUCCGCAAAAUUUACAAUAUCUAACAGAGAAUCAAUUGAAGUAUCUUGCGCCAAAGUCGCUGAAUAUACUGGGCCGAAAAUUGAAAUUGUAUUACGAUCAACUUCAAUUAUAUAGUAUCUGGUUGGCUUUCUUCAUGUGA